CGUCGCCUUCUACUCCUCUUCCCACCAGGACUUUGCCUCCACCGAGUCUUCUGCCACAACCUUGAGUGAUCGACCAGCUAAAACUUUGGUCCUUCCCGUGUGAGGACCUUCAGGAUCUUCCCAUUUAUGAUGACAAAGAUCACGAGGAAUAUAAUAUUUGCCGCUUUGAUAGGCAUCUCUUCGGCACAACAGAAAACUUACCUGGCCCCAACACACAGCUACAAUGUUAACGGAGGCAAUGAUAAUAUUGGAAACAAAGAAUACAAUUAUGGUGAUUAUAGUAAUGGAUAUAACAAUAACGGAAUUAAUAACAGUAAUAACAAUGGAAAUAUAGUCAGCAAUGGCGACAGGGGAUUUUAUUUUAAAGCAGACACAAAUUUUAAUGGAAACAAUAAUGGCAACGAGAGUAGUGAUUUCACCACUGAAAACGAAUUUGAAGUUUACACAAAUGUUAACGAAGUAAAUGGCAACGAAAUUAACGAUGCUGAAUAUAUUGAAUUUAAUGAAGACGGGAUUGGAGAUUUCACCGAUGGAAGUGGCAAUGGAGAUUUCACCGAUGGAAGUGGCAGUGAUGAUUUCACUGAUGCAAGUGGCAGUGAUGAUUUCACUGAUGGAAGUGGCAAUGGUGAUUUCACUGAUGGAAGUGGCAAUGGUGAUUUCACUGAUGGAAGUGGCAAUGGUGAUUUUUAUGAUGGCAGUGAAAAUGAAAAUGACUAUGAUGAUUUCAACGAUGUAGACAGCACUGGUGAUUACUACACUGGUACUGGUGAUAAUCUCCUGGACUCUUGCUGUGACAAUACUAUGGGUGGAGGCGUUCCCGGGGAGGACUACCCGACUCUGGUUUCAGUUCCUGAAACUGGGUUCACCUGCAAGGGACGUUUACCUGGAUACUAUGCUGACACUGCCCCCGAGGCCGGCUGUCAGGUGUUCUACAUAUGUCAAGCAGAUGGUAGGAUGAACUCGUUCCUGUGUCCCAACAGCACCAUCUUCAAUCAACCAUACUUUAUCUGUGACUGGUGGUACAACGUUAACUGCUCUAUCGCUGAACAGUUCUAUGAUCUCAAUGCUCUGAUUGGAGAGUCCAACAGCAAUGGGAAUGGAUACUCAAAUGACAGUGGAAUUGGGUAUAUCAACAGCAUUGGAUUUAACACUGGCAUCGACAACGGAAAUGGUCACACUUUCGCUCCUGAUAACGGAACUGAGAUCAUAAACGGAGAUGAAAAUAGUCAUUCAAAUGAAAACAGGAACAGCUAUGAUGUCACUGAUAGUAACGAUGUCACCGCCAGUAACGGAAAUGACAAUGAAGGUGACGGCAACAAUAACGAGAACAUCUACACAAACAGUGCGAGCAACGUAGAUGGAAGUGUCCGUGGAAUUAACGAGGAAGUCACAAGUGGCAAUGGGAAUGGUUACUCAGAUGGCAAUGGAAAUAGCAAUGACAUUGGUAAUAAAAAUAGUAACAGUAAUGGAAAUGGUAGUGAAAAUACCUACGAUGCCAGAAAUGGUUAUGGAAAUGAAAAUACAUAUGAUAACAGUAGUGGAAAUGGCAAUGGUAAUGGAAACACUAAUGAACAUGGUAGUGGAAAAGUCACCAUUAAUGGAAGUGACAUAACCAAUGGAAAUCGUUAUAUAAAUGGCUACAGCAAUGGAAAUGAUGUUAAUGGUAGUAGCAAUGAUGAUGAUAAUGAAAUUAACUACCCCAUUGGAAACAGAAAUGAUGUGUAUGGUAAUGAUGGGAGUAAUGGGAAUGAAAAUGGAUAUGCCAUAAGCUUUGACAACAGUGAUAAUGGUAAUGACUCUUACAAUGUUAAUGGAAUCAAUAGUAAUGGCAACAAUAAUGGUAACAGUAAUGGCAGUGGUAACAGUAAUAGCAACAGUAAUGGUAGUGAUAACAGUAAUGGUAACAGUUAUGGUAGUGGUAACAGUAAUAACAACAGUUAUGGUAGUGGUAACAGUAAUAGCAACAGUAAUGGGAAUAGUGAUAGCAAUAGUGAUGGUAGUGGUAACAGCAAUAGUAAUGGUAAUGGUUAUAGCAACAGUAAUGGUAACCGCAAUAUCAACAGUAAUGGUAACAGCAAUACCAACAGUUAUGGUAAUGAUAACAGCAAUAGCAACAUUAAUGGUAGUGGUAACAGUAAUAGCAACAGUAAUGCCAACAGUAAUAGCAACAGUAAUGCCAACAGUAAUAGCAACAGUAAUGGUAACAGUAAUAGCAACAGAAAUGGGUAA